AUGUUACCCACGUUGGCGUUCCUGCCACCUGCACAGGUUCGAGAUGCCUUUGACGCGCUCUUCGAAGUCCUUCCCAGUGAGUCCACCGAUCUGGCCACGUACUUCGAAGACACCUACGUUGGUCGCCGAAGACAAAAUGGACUUCACACAGCUAUAUUCUCACCAAGCCUAUGGUCUGUGCCUGAUGCGGUGCAGCAAGAUAUGCCACGCACGAACAACGCUCUCGAAGCUUGGCAUCAAGGCAUCCAGUCCAACGUCGACUGGUGUCUUCCCAACCUCUGGGCCUUCCUGAUGUGUCUGAAGGAUGAACAAGCACUACGAGAACUAAAGAUGACCCAGCAAGACGCUGGACAACCGCCGCCGCCUCUCGCACAGAAAUAUAAAGAUGUGAAUGAGCGCAUAUCUAGAAUUCUAGACGAGCUCUUCACCGGAUCUGCCCUCAGCAUGUUUCGAAAUAUUGCUAGGAAUAUCCGAUUUUUAGUUGCAUGUUCGACAUAUUUUGAUCACAGCUGCCAACACGUUGUGUAA